AUGGAGAACAGCCCGUGCACAGCAUUCCCAGGUGACGCCCACCGUGCACAGCACGAAAUGGAAUGCGAAAUGGAAAUACAUGACGAUGGAACAAAAUACUGGACACCACCAACAACAAAAGAAAAAACACCGUUCGAAGGACAACGAUUCAAAACAGUUGAAGACGGAAUUCAAUUCUACGAGGAGUAUGCUAAGGUUGUCGGAUUUGAUGUUAGGCAUGGAUCAAAACGCAAGAAUCGAUUCGGGCAAGUGUCAAUAAAAUACAUGCUGUGCUCACGCGAGGGUUACAAGGCUGAACGGAAGGAACCCAACAAUAGCUCAACAGUAAAGCAGAGACGGCGGAGAGUGUCCAACAGGAUAGGCUGUAAGGCACGCAUGAUAAAUAGGCAACUUGACAUCGGCCACAAAACCUUUCUGGCUCACUGUGCAAAGGCAAAUAUCGGACCCGCAAAAGCUUUCAGAUUGUUCAAAGAGAUGGUGGGGAGUUUUACAGAUGUAGGAGCAACAUGCAUCGACUUUUGCAAUUUUAGACGGGACCUAUUGGCCUAUAUAGCUGAGGCCGACGCCCAAAUGGUGAUAGAAGACAUGUUCAAAAGAAAAGAGGAUAACCCGGACUUCUAUUUCGAUUUCGACAUAGACGAAGAAGCACAAUUAACAAGGUUAUUCUGGGCGGACGCCGAAUGUCGAAGGAAUUAUGCAUAUUACGGCGAUGUCAUGUCAUUCGACGCCACAUACAGUACAAACAGGUACAAGUUAGUGUUCGUCCCUUUCACAGGGGUUGAUAACCACAAAAGGUGCAUAACAUUCGGGGCCGGGUUGAUUGCGAAAGAAGAUGUAGAGUCAUAUGAGUGGCUAGUCACGAAGUUCAAAACUGCAAUGGAAUACACACCAAGAUGUACUACAACUGACCAAGAUCCAGCACUAAAAAUAGUAGUACCACACAUUAUGCCAACAACAAGGCAUAGAUUAUGUAUGUGGCACAUCAUGUCAAAAGUUGGGGAGAAGGUGGGGGUUGCAUUGUUGCACAACGCAGACUUCAAAAAGGAACUAAAUAACACCGUAUGGGAUGACACAUUAACGGUUGAUGAAUUUGAGCGGAGAUGGACAACACUAAUGAGGAACUACAAUCUUGAAGAACACCGGUGGUUUGCCCAACUGUACGAUGCAUGUGCAUCGUGGAUACCUGCAUACUUCAAUGACUUACCGAUGGGAGGUCUACUAAGGACCACAUCACGGUCAGAAUCAGAAAACAACUACUUCGGUAAAUUUACAAACCACCAUAGCAGUUUGGUAGAAUUUAUGGCACAAUACAACAGUGCCAUUGGAGAACAAAGGCAUAGACAAUCAAAACUCAACGCAGAAAAUGAAGGUUCGUACCCUGAAACUAAAACCCCUCUGAGUAUUGAAAAGCACGCUGCUAGAGUUUACACCGUUAAUAUAUUCUAUGAAUUCCAACAAGAGGUAUGGGAUGGACUUACAAAGUUGAAGAAACCGGUGGAAGACUGUUUGAAGUAA